GAUAGAAGAGACACAAAAAACUCGUCUUCUCUCAUUUUUAACUUCCAAAUAUAAAUUUUAUAAAAAUGUUAAGCUUACCCUAGAAUCAAAAAUGUUUCGCCGCCUAUGGAUUCGACUUGACUACUCAACCUUGAUCAAUUUUGAAUGAAAUCAAAAUAUUUCACAUUUAGUAUUUCUAAUCUGGCAAACUAAAUACAUGAUAUAGAGAGCUAAUAAACUAUGAAUAUGGGCAUACAUUUUGACGAAAAUCAUCUUGAGAUAUUAGAAAAAGCAAGAGAGUUAUCGGUUAGAUGUAUCAGUGACUUUGAGUGUAAUUUUACUUUUCUAAGAAAUAAAUUAUGAAAAUGAUAUAAUUAUUAUCGGUUGUCAAAAAAAAUACAAUGGCCGUUGGAUAUUUUUGUAAUAACUUCAGAACGAAGAGAGCUAGAGAGCUGCGAUUUUCACCAUUGAAAAGAGAAGAUACGGAGCCAUCAAAGCACAUCGAAAUUUAAUUGACUAAUCGUAUGAGUUCUUAGUGAAGAUUUUCGAAAACUAUAUUCUGAAGCUGUUUCCUUUCCACUUUAGACUUGUAAUAGAAAUAUUCGAUAGAUAAAAUACUUCUUUUUUGAUCUAAAACAAAUAUCAUCAUUCAUCUCAAUAUAGUGCAUUAUCUCUGCCUAGCUACUUUUUCGGGUGAUCAUAGGUCAAUUGACUGGAAUUGGGAGUCUGAAGAAAAGUCUUGUAACUCUCGAACAGAACAAGCUAGGAAUCUCAGCCUUGCAUAGAACGAAACAAAAGGAUUUUUUCUAUUAAAUAGUUCUAUUUAAAGUCUGAAUCGGAAGGAAAAUAGCCUUAGAAUACUUUUUGGAAAUCUUCAUCAAGAACUCACCUGAUUGAUCAAUUACUGAUCAAUUAAAUUUCGAUGACCCUGGGUCUUCUUCUCUCUCGAAUGGUGAAAAUCAUAGCUCUCUAUCUCUUUUCGUUCUUGAGUUAUUGCAAAAAUACCUACGGUUAUUAUAUUUUUGGACAAACGAUAGUUAUACUGUUUUGUUAAUCAUAGGUAUAAUUCAAGAUUCAUUCAAGUAUCUUAAAUCAUUGAAUUAUCUUGAUUUAUCAAAUACAAAUUUACUUGAUCUUGAUGCAUGUAUAUUUAUUCAAUUAACUGGUUUAAAAAUACUUUCAAUAGAACAUAUUUUAUUUAAUUGUACAUCUUGUUGGUUUUCUAUAGCUCGAAAAAAUUCUUUACAAAUAUUUGGACAAUGUUUAAAUGAGAAAAUAAUACAAAAUAUUAAUUCUCUUACUGAUAAACAAAUUCAAUAUGCUUGUUUAAAAUCAUCAAUUGAUUGUUCAUUAGAUUAUUGUGAACCUGGUUCAAUAAAUUAUCAACAAAAAUCUAAUCAAUUAAUUUCAUUAGUUAAAAAUUCUCAUAUAACAAAAAAACGUACAAUAGAAAUUAUAUUUAGUAUUAUAUUUAGUAUAAUUAUACUUAUUAUUAUGAUUAUUACAUUGAUUAUUUUCAUAUCUCGAUGGAAACAAAAUAAAAAAUUAUUUUGUUGUCAUUUUUCUCAAAUAACAACAACAACAACAACAACUGAAGAAACACGUCGUCGUCGUCAACAAAUAAUCGAUAAUAAUCCAACUGUAAUCGAAUCUGUUGUUACACAUGGUGCAAAUAUGAAUGUACCAUCAUAUUCAUGUCAAAAUUAUGCAAAAUUUAAUGAUGAAACUUCAAAUAAUAAACGAAAACUCUAUAAUCCUAUGUUUGCUGAUUCUCCGACAUUAGAUAUUCGACAUCAACAACAACAACAAUCAGUUAUGGUAUCGAAUGACAAUACUUCUCAUAAUAGUCAAUUGUAUUCUGAAAAACUAUGA